AGCAGCAAUGCUAUUGCAUUCUGAGGAAUGCAAUAAACACAUCUCCGCAACUGACAGGUCAGAGAAACAGUCAAAAGUCGCCUGUGUUUUAAAACAGUGGCGUUCCGUGCGCAAAAGCAUGCUGCUUGUUCAUUCCCCAUUCUGUCAGACUUGCUUUGUUUUUAUUUUUACCUUUAUUUAAAUUUAUUCUUAAAUUGGAUCAAUAUCUGUAACCCGCGGUCAGGAAUGGGCAAUACUAAUAUUCGCAAGAAAACCCCCAACUGGAGACAGGAUUCAUUCAUUCAUUUAGCAGCUGUAUCUGUUUCACGUGCGAUGCGACAACCUGGUGCGGUGAGCCCCCCGGGGGAGGAGUCGGAUGUGAAUCAGAGAGCGCCAUCCACGAUGACAAUGACACACGGGUUUCUUCUGCCAGGCGCAUGAAAUCUCGAUGCCAUUGUUUUGCACAGCCCCACGGAUCUUGAGGAGUUCUCCUGGAGGAGUGCUCCUGGG